AGCAAUUGAUUGCCAUGACACUCAAUCCAAAAUAAUUGAGAAGAAAGUUAAUGCAAAGAAGCUAGCUAGAAGCAGCGCCAAGUGAUACGCGUGACCAACACAUGAUUUAUUUGAGCACCCAUUUCUUGGGAGGAGAUUUCAAGACAGAGAAGAUUGGGAAAUUCCCUUAAGCCGUAAACUUAAAACCAGUCGUCUUAUUCCAUGAUCAUAUGAACUGCGAGAUAUUGUGUAGCUAAACGUCUUGUCAUCAAGUCUAUUGGUCGUUGCAUUUACAGUACAUGUUCUCGAUGAGUCUAUGAUUUGACUGUGUAUGCGGUAUACCGGUAUACGCGUACCUAUUGCAUUACAUGAUCCGAGACCGAGGCAAGAAUGCUAUGUUCGAUCUGCUUUACUCUUGUAAAGACAAAACGCGUUAGUUCAUAUAAUUCAGCUGCAAUUUUCGUCGGCAAUAUCGUUUUUCGUCCUGUUUGAUCUCAAAAUCGGCACGUCAACUUUUCCCGUUCGAGCAACGUAAUUUAAAUUCACCGGUGGCCAACACACUUACACAGUGACUCAGUGCAGUCACUCACUCACAGACUGCCACACCACCACCACACCAGUUCAGAUUCAAACUUGCAUCAUUGAGCCGAGGUAGGUGAGGAACGAGAAUGGCAGCUAAAGCUCCUGCCAAGAAGAGUGAUCGAGGUGGGUCGAGUAGAGUCCUGGGGAAGCUCAAGAAGAGCAUAGAAGCUGGAGAUUACUACGAAGCUCAUCAGAUGUACAGGACUCUCUACUUCAGAUACAUGACACAGAAGAAGCAUGCAGAAGCCAUAGAAAUGCUUUACUCAGGAGCAUCUCUUCUAUUACAACACAAUCAGCACAUGAGUGGAGCUGAUCUUAGUCUUCUGUUGAUAGAGGCCUUAGAGAGCGCAGAAGCACCCAUCUCAAAAGAAAAUAUUUCAAGAAUUGGUAGCUUGGGAAAGUAUUUACUUCCAGAGGCUCCGGAGAGAGGGAAGUUCAUCGUGGCAGCCAUUAAGUGGUCUCAGAAGGAUAAUAAAAAAGGUGAUCCAGAACUCCACAAAGAGUUUGCCAACAUGCUGUGGCAGGAGAAGAACUAUUUUGAAGCUCGUUAUCACUUCUUGCGAUCUACGGACGGCAAGGGCUGUGCCUUAAUGCUUGUGGAAUAUCAGCUCAGUAAAGGAUAUGGAAGUGAGGCCGAUAUGUUUGUAGCUCAAGCAGUACUUCAAUACCUGUGCCUAAGGAAUAAGACGACAGCAUCACUCACAUUACAAGUCUACACUGAGAAUCAUCCUGCAAUUAAGGCUGGACCUCCCUUUAUCUUACCUCUCCUUAACUUCAUGUGGCUCUUACUCCUGGCAAUCAAAACUCAGAAGUUAACUGCCUUCACCGUGCUUUGUGAGAAGUACCAGCCGUCUCUGCAGCGGGAUCCAACGUAUGCAGCGUACCUUGAUAAGAUAGGCCAGGUCUUCUUUGGAUUACCUCCUCCAAUGCCUACCGGUAGACAAGGUUUUAUAGGUAACCUUAUUUCAAAUCUGUUUGGUGGCGAAGGCGGUGAUGAUGACGAUGAUGAUGAGGGUCUAGCUGCAUCUCCUCCUGCCUUCAUGGUCGAGGACUUGGAUUAAAAUUAGGUUUAUUAGUAAAUGAAUACAAGACAAUAAUAAUAAGAGUUAUAUUCUUUGUUUCUUUUUUUACCUUGAAUUUGAUGUUCUUUUACCUCUUCAUUUCUCUUUCUUUCCCUCUCUCUUUAUCCUCUCUUUCUCUCUCCCCCUUUUGCUCUCCCAAUCUUCCUCUCUCUAUCUAUUUAUCGCUCUUUCCCUCUGUCACUCUUCUCCCAUUCUCUCUCUCCCUUUCCCUCUCUCUCUGUCCCUUUCUCUUCUAUCUCUUCCUAUCUAUCUCUCUUUUCCUCUCCCUUUCUCCCUUUCUCUCUCUCUUUCUAAUAUUGAAGUGUGUAAACUGAUUACAAGAUAUUUCAUUUUUCUUUUUCAAUUAUCAUUGAUUCUUGGACUUCCAUUCAAUAUUGCACACCUUUGUGCAUGUUACAAAAUGUACCUGUGUUAUGUGGAUUGAUUCACCAUUCUAAAGAGUACACAAAUAGCCCAUCAUCAUAUAUGAAAUGUUACAUAUGGCGCGUACUGAGGAAUUGUUGAAAUGGGUUCCUCUUCUGAUUUAGUCACUGAAUGUUAAUACCAGGAAAAUCAAUCAAAAUAGUGACAAUAAUUCCAGCUAUUUGACCGUGGUUAUCGGUCACCUAAUUCAAACUUCUAGCAAUGUUUCUGCAUCAGAUAUAAUAAGUUGUCCUAUUUAAUGCUGACAAUUACGUGUACUGGUACAAUUCCAUUUUCAAUAUGCUUUAGCCUAAUGUUGAUUGGUUUUAAGCAUUUGUAGUGGCAUUAAAAGAAAUCUCUUUGUAAAGAAGUUCGUUUUUGGUACGUGCUUUCGAGGAAGCCUGCAUUGCUAUGUUUUUAUUUCAUUGGUUUGGAUAAUUCAGAUUGAUUUAAUUGGAAGUUGUACAUGUUUGUGUAUGGUUUAUUAAUGUGUUUGGCAGCUGUAGAGUUGAACAGUGACUCGAUUCUAAACAAUGCAGCAAUGUAUAACAUCUUCCCAAUGCUCAUGUAACAUGCUUUAUGCUAAAAAUAAUUUGUCAAUACUAAAUGUAAGUUUACUAUAUUCAUUUUCAUGAAUAGAAAGCUAUAUGGAACCUCUGAAAA